AAUAAAAUUUCUCUGUGAUUGUCGAAUGAGAAAGGAGAAAAAGGAAAGGGAAGGAAAAAGAAAAGGCGAUAUGAGGAAGAACAAGUGUAAUAUUUGGGCCGGUAGUCGGGUUAAACAAGGUUUCACCCAGAAACUGAAGUGAAUUAGGGCUAAAUGACUUAAGAAUCCGUUUUCAAUCGUACACCACCUCACCUGCUUUGAUACGUAUCACCCUCAUCCUCCUCGACACCUUUAAAUCCCACAGCGUAUAGGAACUUGUUGCUUGCGAUCGCCAUUGAAAUCCAAAGGACUCAUCAGUAGUGGUAGGGAGGAAUGUCGAGGCUCCAUGUGGGAGGGAAGGUGGUGGACAAAGUUGAUUUGUUGAGGACUAAGAGCUUGCUGUGGCGAUUCGAUGUCUGGCCUUUCGCUAUCCUUUACGCUCUCUGGCUUACUACAAUUGUGCCCAGCAUUGACCUUGUGGAUUCCGGGAUUGUUUUCGGUGCCCUCGUAGCGCUUCACAUUCUCGUUAGGCUUUUUACUGUUUGGUCCGUCGAUUUCAAAUGCUUUGUACAUUAUAGCAAGGUAAAUGAUAUUCACCAGGCAUGUGCAUGCAAAAUAACGCCAGCAAAAUUUUCUGGUUCUAAAGAAAUAGUAUCACUUCAUUUCCGUAAGCUUGGAGGCUCCUCAUCCUCAGUGGAUGUUGAAGAGAUUUACUUUGACUUCAGAAAGCAACGUUAUAUCUUUUCAAAAGAGAACGAUAACUUUUGCAAGCUUCCUUACCCUACCAAGGAAUCAUUCGGUUACUAUUUAAAAAGUACUGGCCAUGGCUCUGAAGCUAAAGUUGUUGCUGCUACUGAAAAAUGGGGACGGAAUGCAUUUGAAUAUCCACAACCUACAUUCCAGAAAUUAAUGAAAGAAAAUUGCAUGGAGCCCUUCUUUGUCUUCCAGGUUUUCUGUGUGGGUCUCUGGUGUUUGGAUGAAUAUUGGUAUUAUAGUUUGUUCACUCUUUUUAUGCUGUUUAUGUUCGAGUCAACAAUGGCUAAAAGUCAGUUAAAGACUCUUACUGAGCUAAGACGUGUCAGAGUGAAUAACCAGACCCUCAUGGUGCAUCGCUGUGGAAAGUGGAUAAAGCUUGCUGGAACUGAUCUUUUGCCCGGAGAUGUUGUUUCUAUCGGGCGAGCUACUGGUCCAAAUGGAGAAGAUAGGGCUGUGCCAGCAGAUAUGCUUCUAUUAGCUGGAAAUGCUAUUGUCAACGAAGCUAUUCUCACAGGCGAGUCUACUCCCCAGUGGAAGGUAUCAAUCAUGGCCCGAGGAACUGAGGAGAAAUUAUCAGCUAAGCGAGAUAAAGGUCAUGUCUUAUUUGGUGGGACUAAGAUAUUGCAGCAUACUCCGGAUAAGGGCUUUCCUUUAAAAACCCCCGAUGGUGGCUGUGUGGCUGUUGUUCUGAGAACUGGGUUUGAAACAAGUCAGGGGAAACUUAUGCGUACAAUUUUGUUUUCUACAGAGAGGGUGACAGCUAACAGCUGGGAAAGUGGGCUGUUCAUUUUGUUCUUGGUCAUAUUUGCAGUGAUAGCUGCUGGUUAUGUACUAAAGAAGGGGCUUGAGGAUCCCACUAGGAGCAAGUACAAGCUUUUCCUUAGUUGUUCACUCAUUAUUACUUCUGUGAUUCCUCCUGAGCUGCCAAUGGAAUUAUCUAUAGCUGUUAAUACAUCUCUGAUUGCUCUCGCACGCCGUGGAAUAUUUUGUACCGAACCUUUCCGAAUUCCUUUUGCUGGAAAGGUUGAUAUCUGCUGUUUUGACAAAACUGGAACACUUACAUCAGAUGACAUGGAGUUUUGUGGAGUUGUUGGGUCGACUAGCAGUACAGAUUUAGAAGCUGACAUGAGUAACUUGCCUGUGCGCACAGCAGAGAUUUUGGCUUCUUGCCAUGCCUUGGUGUUUGUGGAUAAUAAGCUGGUUGGUGAUCCUCUUGAAAAGGCUGCACUUAAAGGAAUAGAUUGGACCUUCAAAUCUGAUGAGAAGGCCAUGCCAAAAAAGGGAAGUGGUCAGGCUGUGCUGAUUGUUCGGAGACAUCACUUUGCUUCCUACUUGAAAAGAAUGGCAGUUGUAGUGCGCAUUGAAGAUAAUUUUUUUGCUUUUGUGAAGGGUGCCCCUGAAACUAUUCAGGGUAGACUCACUGAGGUGCCAUCAUUUUAUGUUGAAACUUACAAGAAAUUUACUCGACAAGGGUCUCGCGUUCUGGCCCUUGCCUAUAAAUCUCUUCCUGACAUGACAGUAAGUGAAGCCAGAAGCUUGGAUAGGGAUGUGGUGGAGAGUGGCCUUACCUUUGCUGGUUUUGCGGUUUUUAACUGUCCUAUUAGAGCAGAUUCAGCCACUAUUUUAUCUGAGCUAAAAGGAUCCUCACAUGACUUGGUGAUGAUUACUGGUGAUCAGGCCCUGACAGCUUGCCAUGUUGCUAGCCAAGUUCAUAUUAUAUCAAAACCAGCAUUAAUUCUUGGUCCAAAGAGGGGCAGGGAAGGAUAUGAGUGGAUAUCCCCUGAUGAGACUGAGAUGAUUCCUUACAAUGAAAACGAGGUGGAAGCUUUGUCCGAGACUCAUGAUCUCUGUAUUGGUGGUGACUGCUUUGAAAUGUUGCAACAAACCUCUGCUGUUAUACAAGUCAUUCCAUACGUCAAGGUUUAUGCCAGAGUUGCUCCUGAGCAGAAGGAGCUGAUUUUGACUACUUUCAAAACAGUGGGGAGAAUAACAUUGAUGUGUGGAGAUGGAACCAAUGACGUUGGAGCAUUGAAGCAGGCCCAUGUGGGAGUUGCUCUAUUGAAUGCGGUGCCUCCAACUCAGAGUGGAAAGUCGCCCAGUGAAACAUCUAAAGAGCCAAAGAAGUCCAAGUCUGCAUUAGAUGUUGCAGGUAAAUCUACUAGUGUAAAUGGAGAAGUCUCUUCAAAGGGAAAAGCCACUGCAAAAUUGGAUCCCACUAGCAACCCAGCUGGUAACCGGAAUCUGUCGGCUGCCGAGUUGAAACGACAGAAGCUAGUUUCAUUGCAAAAGAGACUAAUGGAUGAGAUGAAUGAGGAGGGAGAUGGUCGCUCAGCUCCAAUUGUAAAGCUUGGAGACGCUUCCAUGGCAUCACCAUUCACGGCGAAGCAUGCAUCCAUUGCUCCAACCACUGACAUAAUUCGUCAAGGUCGCAGUACUCUGGUGACUACCCUCCAGAUGUUUAAAAUACUAGGCCUUAAUUGCCUUGCGACAGCUUAUGUGUUGAGUGUUAUGUAUUUGGAUGGUGUCAAGCUUGGUGAUGUGCAGGCUACAAUCAGCGGUGUGUUUACAGCAGCCUUUUUCCUGUUCAUCUCACAUGCGCGUCCUCUUCCAACUCUUUCAGCUGAACGGCCUCAUCCGAAUGUCUUUUGCUCCUAUGUCUUGCUUUCUCUGUUAGGACAGUUUGCAAUCCACAUAUUUUUCUUGAUAUCUUCUGUGAACGAAGCUGAGAGAUACAUGCCGGACGAAUGCAUUGAACCAGACUCUGCUUUUCAUCCCAACCUUGUAAAUACAGUCUCGUACAUGGUAAGCAUGAUGCUUCAGGUGGCCACCUUUGCUGUGAACUACAUGGGUCAUCCGUUCAAUCAGAGCGUCACAGAGAACAAGCCAUUCUUGUAUGCCAUCGUGGCUGCUGCCGGUUUCUUCACAGUUAUCACUUCUGACCUAUUUAGGGACUUGAAUGACUGGCUUAGGCUGGUGCCCUUGCCAGUGGGAUUGAGAAACAAGUUACUGUUAUGGGCGCUUCUCAUGUUUGUGAGCUGCUACUCAUGGGAGAAAUUUUUACGGUGGGCUUUCCCGGGCAAGAUUCCAGCAUGGAAGAAGCGACAACGCAUUGCUGCUUCCAGUCUUGAAAAGAAGAAACAACUGUGAGCGAGUACAAGUUUGAUGCCGGGAAAAACGACGUUGACAUUUUUGGCGAAUGGGCUGUGCAGAGUUAUAUACAGCAGAAUGGAAUUCAAUCAUGCCACAGCUCACAUGACAGCAUGAGCCUGGAGGUUCCAUCCCCCUCUUUGAUAGGAAAUUUUGAUCAAGAUCAAAUUCUAGGAGGAUUAUUUUUGGGACCUGUGAUCUUUAAACAAACCGUAUUCAUAAUUAGUUGCUUUUACACAUUGUUUAACCCUUCAUCUCCUCUGUAUUUGAAAUUACAUGUCAAAAACUAUAAAUCAUUUAGCCCGAAUUCGAUAUGGGAUUUCAAAAGCUAGUUUUAAUUUA